UUUAACCUUAACCUCUGUUUAUUGUCAUUCCAUUUCCAAACAAGGUUGUUCUUUUAAUGAUUCAUAUACUCUAGGGAUCUUCCAAAAAAGUUUGUUCCUUUUUAGUAGAUUUAGUGUUCUGUAAACUAGGCUUGUUUGGUUUGUUAAAAUGUCGUUUUCUUUAGUGAAAGGAAGCUGACUUCACUACCCUUUGAAUUCUCUAUUUUCUGUUAUUUUUGUUGCAUGACUUAUUUUAUGGCAUUGUUUAUUAUGGGAAAUCUUUACUGGGUCGGUUUAAGAUUAACAUUCUGAAGCUUAGAAUACCAGUUGAUGUAUUAUAUGUAUGUAUAUGUUCAGUUAUGACUUAUGCGUGCUCUUGCUGGUUUCAUGAUGCACAGUUGGAUUAGGAAAGGAACUCAAAUCAAUUUAAAAUCAUGGGAUUGGAUUCUAUUUUAUACUCAUCACACAAUCUAAUCAUGUUUUUGAAGCAUUUCCUUUAGCAAGAAGAAUCAUAGGAUUAGAGUCCAGUCAGUCCACCAUCUCCUCCUCCGUUCUUUAGUUGGCGAUGUUUGUAUGGCAAUUGAUUGUGCUUCCAUAAUCUGCUUACAUAUUCCUAGUUAGUUAGAUACUGCUUUGUCUAUUACCAAAGAACAGAAGAUCAUAUCUUGCAAGUUUGAACUGAAACUAACGAGGACAAAUGAUUGCAAUUAAACUACCUAAUUGAUACUCUAUACUUCGGUUGGUGCCCUGCCACAACAGUUCAUUUUUACGCUACCUGUGACUACAAUCUAAAAGUUUAACUGAUAGUCAUGCUUUAAUCAUAUUAGUAGGGUCAGUUGGUCCUUUCGUAUGACGAACACACUAUAUCAGUGUGCUUUAUACUCUCCUGGGUGUCUUAUUUAGAUUCUUAACUUCUGUUACACCCGCAGGUGGCCUUUCUUCAUCUCUUUUCUUGGAUUGAUAUUUCCGACUUCUCGCUUAUACGGCUGACACUCUUGCUAAGUAGGGAGCCAUGAACUUAGAAGUUUGAGAUACUUUAGUAACGUUAAUUUACUUUCCAUUCUUUUGAGCUCUUUGACAUAAGGUGUGGUGUUUCCUUUUCUCUUCUUUAAAAGACAUUACUAAAAUAUCUUUGAUCAUUUAUUUAUAUGUAUCUUGCAGGUGUAACAAUAUUCAUCCAAACAGGAACAGAGAUGGGUCACGAAUUCAAAGCUUGUGUGGAAUGCACUGAGAAGUGUUUGCUGGUUCAUGGGAACAAGAGUGAUGCUUCACCUGUUAUAACUUCUUUUGUCACAGUCAUGUCUGGAAACGAGUUUUCUAAAUUUAUGGAAUUGCCUCCAAAUGUUGCUCGUGCUGUGUCUUUGGCUGAUCAAUCGACUGUCAUUGAAGAUUCACAGGGGCUGCGAUGGAAUGUUGCAAUCUCAAGUAUGGAUGGCUCCUUUGCUUUUCAUCAUGGAUGGAAUGCUUUUUCAUUAGAUCAUGACCUACAACUAGGAAAUAUUCUGGUCUUCACUUACAUUAGGGGUUCACAUUUUGCUGUUAAAAUCUAUGAUAACUCUGGGUGUGAACUAAGUUCUUUUGAGACCGAUCAGAAGAAAAGAAAAAGGGAUGACAGAGAUUCUAUUUUCAAAGGUGGUUGGUGCUAUGCAACUGAUAAAAGUUCAAUGAGCAAAGACGGUUCAGGCACCUGUGGUUGCUCAGAUGCAGAGAUAAGUAAACGGUUGGAUGAAGUGAAUGGCAAGGGGAAAGCUCCAAUCACCACACAGUUUGCUUCAAAUUGUGAUGAUAGAAAGGAAGCUGGCUCCGUUAACAGCCCAGUGGCUAAAGAUGUAGGGAGUACAGUAAUUCCUUCAGAUGGAUCUGAGUUGGAAAGGACUCUGAAAAAUAGCGAUCAUGAAGUCAAGGUAAAAAAGGAAGAACCUUCUGAAAUACAUUCAUGCACCGAGACCUCUGGAGAACUCUUAUCAACACUUGCUGUAAUUCCGGAAGAAAAUGAAGAGACCAUCUCUGCUGUGUCAACCAGAGCUACAAAAAAAUGCCGCACUGGCGAUGGAUCAGGAGGUGAGGAAGCGAUUUCAAGAGAUCAGAGGCUCAAACCCGAUCAUCCCACUUUUGUUGUCAUGAUGCAAGAACCCUCCUACCUUACAACUGCCUUGAAACUUGAUAUAAACUUUGCCCAAAAAUAUGAUUUAUCGAGACGCAAUGUUAACCUACAGAUUCCAAAUGGGAGCACUUGGCCUGUUAUUUGCUCUGUCACCAGCGAAGACGGAAUCCGCUACACCAGCGAAGGAGUUGCAAGACACCGCUAUCCCAGUUGGUGUAUCAGAGAAGAAGUUGCAAGAAUCCGCUAUCGUGGUUGGAUAAAAUUUGCAACAGACAAUGGGCUGCAAGUAGGGGAUACUUGUGUGUUUGAGAUGGUAAAGCAGCAGCCUGAAAUAACGUUCUUAGUUCACAUAAUCCGAGCUACUUACGCUACUAAGCUCCAUUUCAACAAUAUUUCCCAGAACAUGAAGUUACGAAGAAUUCCGUAGUUUCUGCAUUUCUAUUUUGGAAGAACUAGUAUUUGCAUUAUUGGUGUUUUUGGAACCUGAAACACGUUGAAUGAAAGAGGAUAUGUUUAGUUACCUACCGAAAUGUAAUUCCAGGUUAAAUUUGCUUGAAACAGAAAUACUCCCAUGAGUUGCACCCUGAUUUAUGGUUGAUAAUUUUCAGUAGUUAUUACUGAAGAUGCAUCAGCAGACAGCA